AGGAGCCACCCCAAACCGGCUGCGUCUGAAAUACCGUUUGCUAUUAUAGCCUCGUUACCGCCCACCCCCUCCGACCCUCGAGCGGAGCACGCGAUUCGUCUCCUUCCCUCGACCCCUCAUCGGUCAUCGCCCAUAAAAACCCCGUCCAUUGCCGGUCUAUCGCUUUCUAGGGUUUCCCAAUUCAUGUGCGAUUGCACCAAAGGAUGAGUUUUUCGAGUCUUGGGCGCUCUCUCGUGCGAUCCGCACGCUCCAGAUCCCAAAGAGCCGCUCUUCUGGGUGGUUUUGGCGCGAGGUCUGGGGUUCUGAACGAAACGCUCCUGCAAUCGCCUUGCUUUCGAGGCGGUAAUGGAGGAUUAGAGUUUCUGAGGGGUUAUCUGACGUCCAUCGGAGCUAGUAAGGCUGUUGGUGCUGGGAAUCGCCUCUGCGAUUGGAGGUUUCUGCUUGCAAACCCUAGUUUUAAGCGGUUCUUUUCCAGUGAAUCUCCCAGGAAGAAGAAUUAUGAGAACUACUACCCGAAGAAUAAGAAGGAAAUUCCAAAAGGGGAUGGGAAUAACAAAUCAGAUUCAAAAGAGGACUCAAGUGCAGAUGACCAUGGAAAUUUCCAAGAGAAUUUCAUGAAGCAGUUGCAGAGUUUCCUAGCUCCACUUAUAUUUAUUGGCUUGUUGCUUUCAUCAUUUUCUACUGGUUCUUUUGACCAGAAAGAGAUUAGUUUUCAAGAGUUCAGAAACAAGCUAUUGGAACCUGGUUUAGUCGAUCACAUUGUUGUAUCCAACAAAUCGGUUGCAAAAGUUUAUGUCAGGAGCUCACCACAGAUAAACAAUCAAACCCAAGACAAUCAAUUCCAUGGUUCGACGACAGAUACUCCUGCUAGACAUACACCUAGCCAAUAUAAAUACUAUUUCAAUAUUGGAAGUGUGGAAUCAUUCGAAGAAAAGUUGGAGGAAGCUCAGGAAGCGUUGGGAAUAGAUCCACAUGAUUAUGUCCCUGUAACUUAUCUCUCCGAAGUAAUUUGGUACCAGGAACUGCUGAAAUUUGCCCCAACAGCCUUCCUUGUGGGGCUUAUCUACUUGAUGGGGAGAAGAAUACAGGGUGGAUUUAGCAUAGGUAGUGGGCCAGGAAGGGGAAAUCGUGGGAUAUUUAACAUCGGAAAAGCUCAUGUAACCAAGAUGGACAAGAAUUCAAAAAAUAAGGUAUAUUUUAAGGAUGUUGCUGGCUGUGAUGAAGCCAAACAAGAAAUUAUGGAGUUUGUGCAUUUCCUAAAAAAUCCCAAGAAGUAUGAGGAGUUGGGAGCUAAAAUUCCCAAAGGUGCUCUUCUUGUAGGCCCUCCUGGCACAGGAAAAACACUUCUUGCAAAAGCAACUGCGGGUGAAUCUGAUGUGCCUUUUUUGUCUAUUUCUGGCUCGGAUUUUAUGGAAAUGUUUGUUGGUGUUGGACCAUCCAGGGUGAGGAACUUGUUCCAAGAAGCUAGGCAGUGUGCACCUAGUAUAAUAUUUAUUGACGAGAUUGAUGCAAUUGGUCGAGCAAGAGGCCGUGGAGGUUUCUCGGGUGCAAAUGAUGAACGUGAAAGUACUCUAAAUCAGCUGCUUGUAGAGAUGGAUGGAUUUGGAACAACCUCUGGGGUGGUUGUACUUGCUGGUACCAAUCGACCUGAUAUCCUGGAUAAGGCCUUAUUAAGACCUGGUCGAUUUGAUCGUCAAAUAACACUUGAUAAGCCUGACAUAAAAGGUCGUGAACAGAUAUUCCGCAUUUAUCUUAAGAAGAUUAAACUAGAUAAUGAUCCACCAUUUUACUCUCAAAGAUUAGCUGCUCUCACUCCUGGAUUUGCUGGAGCUGACAUUGCCAAUGUUUGCAAUGAGGCUGCUUUAAUUGCUGCAAGAAACGAGGAAACACAGGUCACAAUGCAACAUUUUGAGGCUGCUAUUGACAGGAUCAUUGGUGGCUUGGAGAAGAAAAAUAAGGUAAUUAGCAAGCUGGAACGUAGAACUGUUGCUUAUCAUGAAUCGGGUCAUGCUGUUGCUGGAUGGUUUUUAGAGCAUGCCGAGCCCCUUCUCAAAGUUACAAUUGUUCCUCGUGGAACUGCAGCUCUUGGCUUCGCACAGUAUGUGCCCAAUGAAAACCUCCUAAUGACCAAAGAGCAGCUCUUUGACAUGACGUGUAUGACACUUGGUGGUCGUGCAUCUGAAGAGAUUUUGCUUGGGAAGAUCUCCACUGGUGCUCAGAAUGACUUGGAGAAAGUAACAAAGAUGACCUAUGCUCAGGUUGCUGUCUACGGUUUUAGCGAGAAGGUCGGUCUCCUAUCUUUUCCCCAGAGAGACGAUGGUUUCGAGAUGACCAAGCCUUACAGCAGCAAGACUGGAGCCAUCAUCGAUACUGAGGUCAGAGAAUGGGUUGCGAAGGCCUAUCAGAGAACAGUAGAGCUGAUAAGGGAGCACAAGGAUCAUGUUAUCCAGAUUGCAGAGCUGCUGCUCGAGAAGGAAGUUCUGCACCAGGAUGACUUGGUGCAGGUCCUGGGCGAGCGGCCAUUCAAAUUGAGCGAGCCCACAAAUUAUGAUAGGUUCAAGCAAGGGUUCCAAGACCAAGAGGAGCAGAAGGGUCAGCAAACAUCCAAAGCUGCUACCAUGGCAGACGAUGAUGGAUCAUCAUCCCUCGAUGGGGAGGUUGUCCCCACCUAGGUGGGUUAGUUUUGUGCUGUGCAGUUAAAAUUUCAUGUUCUUGUUUGCCCUUCCAGGUCGACUAAUUGUACAAACAAAUAUUGAAAUUUAAAUAACUAUUGGUUGGCGCAAUGUAA